UUCUCUCUCUUCUCCCCACAGACACAAACACAAACACACAAACACAAACCCUAUCUUCUUCAGUCAUAUCUUCUUCACUUUAAUUUUUCUUUUCUCCGCCACCACACAAAACCACAUUCUUCUUCUUUGCAUAUUUCUCACGCUAUUAUUUAUUUCUGAAUUCUUCAUCUCUAUCUUUAUAUUAUAUAUAUAUGCAUUCAUUCGACCUUGCAUAUACAUCUUCCCUCAAUCCCUAAAUUUCUCUAUUAAAAAAAAUCAAACCUUUCUCUCCCAAUUCUGCUGCUUCUCCAUUUCCUUCUUUUCUGCAAAAUCCAUCCGAAGAGGGUUUCUUUUCUUUCGAAUGGCGCUUGCGUAUGAUCCUCUCUUCAUUUCCUCCUCCGACAAAUCUUUGUCCGCCAUCGAUGUUGCCUCACCGCCACACCCCAUGGUUUUGACCCAAGACGAGCUCAAACGUAUCGCCGCUUACAAGGCCGUCGAAUUCGUCCAAUCCGGCAUGGUCCUCGGCCUCGGUACCGGCUCCACCGCCAAACACGCCGUCGACCGCAUCGGCGAGCUUCUCCGCCAUGGCAAGCUCGACAACAUCGUUGGUAUACCGACGUCUAAGAAGACCCAGGAGCAGGCUCUGUCUCUCGGCAUCCCUCUCUCUGAUCUCGACGCACACCCCGUCAUUGAUCUCUCCAUCGACGGCGCCGACGAGGUCGACCCUUUUCUCAACCUCGUCAAAGGCAGAGGAGGCUCUCUGCUUCGGGAGAAGAUGAUCGAAGGAGCUUCCAAGAAGUUCGUGGUGAUCGUGGACGAGUCCAAGAUGGUGAAGCACAUUGGUGGGAGCAAGCUUGCUCUCCCCGUGGAGGUUGUGCCCUUCUGCUGGAAAUUCACGUCGGAGAAGCUGCGGAACCUGCUGGAAGGGUACGGUUGUGAAGCCAAUCUCAGAUUGGGGGAGAAAGGUAAACCCUUUGUGACGGACAAUGGGAAUUACAUAGUGGAUAUGCGCUUGGAGGAGGACAUGGGUGAUUUGGGAGCAGUGAGUGAUGCGAUUCUGAGGCUCCCUGGAGUUGUGGAGCAUGGAAUGUUUCUGGAUAUGGCUUCCACUGUUAUCAUUGCAGGUGAGCUUGGUGUUAAGAUCAAGCACAAACACACCACCUCCUCUUGAUUUUGUGUGUUUGGAGGGUAAUUUAGGAUUAUUUAAAAGAGGAUUGGUAUGGGAGAAACGGAUCAUGGUUGUUGUAUUGAUUUAGAUAGGUUUGGACUUUGGAGGAUGUCACUGUGAGUGUGAGUGAGGAGGGAUGAUGAUUAUUAUUCAUUUCACACAGUUUUUGGAUGCAUUGACUAUUCACAAUUAUCAUCUAUCUUUGUGAACGGCAUUUUGUUGCUUCAUUGCCCUUUUGAGUAUGAAUGCUUCUUCUUUCUAAAGUACUGUUGUUGGGCUUUGCUUUGCUUUGAUU